GGAGGAUGUCGAAGGUCCGGUGCCAGAGAAUCGGCUGCGACGCCUUCUUCUCCGACGACGACAAUCCAGAAGGUUCCUGCCGGUACCACGCCGCGCUGAGGCUGACCGGCCGUGAGCGAUCGGAGACGAGUGGCUGCAUGUUUCCUCUCGCCUUGCUACGAUUGCGACGUGUCAAGCGCGUGAAGUCGUGUCCUCCGGCGUGGCGCGGAAAUCUUCGUCCCUGAAUCGAAGAGAUUCGGAAUUGCGGUUUGCUGCGAACCGUGCAUGGAAACGUGUUUUGCUCUGUUUUGGUGCUUUGAAUUUGGGUUAUUCAUUGUAAAGGGAGCCAGCGUUGUUUCUCUGCUGAUUAAUCUUUGUUUCUUCGUGCAUCGCCGCCGCUGGUUACUCGCGACGGCGUGUUCCCCUCGUCAUCAGGGUCCUAUAUUUCAUGAUGGGAUGAAAGAGUGGAGCUGUUGCAAGAAGAGAAGCCAUGAUUUCAGUGAGUUUCUGGGAAUUCCUGGAUGUAAGACAGGCAAACACACUACUGAAAAGCCAUCAACGAAGGCAGUUAAAGCUGCUAGGACUCCAAGUCCUGCCAUCAUUGCUGCUCCUGAGACUAAUGCAUCAUCAAAAGAGUCUUGCUCGAGAUGUCGGCAGGGUUUCUUCUGUUCUGAUCAUGGUUCGAGAACCGGAAAAACGAACAUUAAUGUGGCAAAUGCAAAUGCUGAACCUGUUGAUGAAAGAAGUAAGGACGUCAAGAUCUCUGCGGUUCCACAAAAGAAAAUACUCGACAUAAACCAGCCGCAGACCUGCAAAAAUAAAGGAUGUGGUCAAACUUUCAAAGAGAAGGAUAAUCAUGAGACAGCCUGCUGUUACCAUCCUGGACCUGCUGUUUUCCACGACCGGAUGAGAGGGUGGAAAUGCUGUGACGUUCACGCUAAGGAAUUUGAUGAGUUCAUGACAAUUCCACCAUGUUCCAAGGGAUGGCAUAAUGCAGAUCCGGCAUCAUAGGGAGCACUAAGGUGUAGCAAUGAGGUUUUGUGUGCAUUGUAUUGGGAGUUGAUAUUGGACUGGAGUUUAUUAUCCUUUACAGUGAAAAUUCCGCUGAUUUCCUUGAUUGACAUGGAAUUGGCCAUGUCAAGAAGAUAUCCUGCUUCUAAAAUGUGAUUAACUUAACUGUCCCCUAAUUUUCAGUUAGAAUUCCCUUUGAUCA